AUGCAGCUCAGUAGUAAAUAUGGGAGUGCUCUGGCAGCGGCAGCGGCUAGUAAGCGGGAAGACAGUGAAGCAAUCGUCCGGCUUCUACUAGAGCACGGCGCAAUAGCCAACGCACAGCUUGGCGGUGAUUAUGGGAGUGCACUUACAGCGGCAGCGUCGAAAGGCAACGAAUCGAUCGUUCGGCUGCUGUUAAAGUAUGGCGCGGACGUCAAUGCCCAUGCUGGAGAUUAUGGGAGCGCCCUGGCGGCGGCGGCACACAGCGGCAGUGAACGAGCAGUUCAGCUGCUUAUUGAGCAUGGUGCAGAUGUCAACGCGCAACUUAGCGGCGAGUAUGGGAGCGCCCUAGCGGCCGGAGCGUGGAGAGGCUGUGAACGGACGGUGCGGCUUCUACUAGAGAACGGCGCAGAUAUUAACGCACAGCUUAGCGGCUCCUACGGAAGCGCUUUAGGGGCAGCGGCAGCG